AUGAUAAGCGUCCACGGGCGCGUCGUCCAUCAGAUGAAGUCUUGCUCGUUCACGCCAUUAAUCCUGUGGUUUUCGAUCUUUGUUGUCUUCUUGCAACUUCUUUUGGGUAUACCUAAGUGCUUUGCGAGUAUUUCAGCUCGAUUAAAAGCUGGCGUCGUGUAGGAGGCCUCUUCAUUCGUUAUGGCAGAUAUAGACUCUACAGCGCGUGGCCGUACAGACAGUGUCUUGUCUACUAAACGAGGUGUCACUGACUUAGGGCCUGAGGAUGUCAUAAUCGCGGUCAUGGGUAUUACCGGAUGCGGCAAAACCAGUUUUGUAAAUUUAUUCACUGAUCCUGACCAAAAAUUGGUUGUAGGGCAUGGUCUAGAGUCAUGUACUCAAGUAGUGGAUGUUGUUCCUUGCAACCUUGGACAAGGCGAGACUAUCUACCUUGCUGAUACUCCUGGUUUUGACGACAUGUACCGUACAGAUACAGACAUACUUUGGGAAAUCUCCGAUUGGCUUUCCAAAGCCCACGAAUCGGGUCUGAAGCUUGCCGGCAUUAUAUACCUACACCGUAUACCGGAUAUACGUGUUGGUGGAUCUGGUUUAAGAAACCUCAAAAUGUUUCGGAGACUCUGUGGCAAAGAAAACCUUGCGAAUGUAGUUCUCGCUACAAACAUGUGGGAUCAAGUUGAUCCUGAGACCGGCAACAAGCGUGAAGCUGCACUUAAGGACGACCCUGUGCUCUGGAAGGAGAUGAUCGACCAUGGAAGUCAAGUUUUCCGUCAAGACAACGGAAGAACAUCCGGACUUGGAAUUCUUACAUAUCUGAUCAGGCAGAGGUCACCAAUGGUCUUAGAUAUACAGCGCGAGCUUGUCGAUCAGAAGAUGCAGCUGAAAGACACAAGAGCUGGUAAAGAGUUACUAACAGAAGUUGAACAAGAACAACAAGAGUGCUUGGAGAAGGUUCGAGACUUGGAGGCCAGAAUGCAACAACUACAAGAAGCGUACAACAGAGGUAAUCAUUCACGGAUACAGACAAUGCAAGAUCUUGAAGUUUGCACAGAAAAGAAAGAGCGGGCUGAGCGAAAGCUUGCUCAGACUAAACAAGAUGCUAUCAAGCUACAAGCUACCCAUGAUCAGCGAAUGGCUGAGCAAAAGAGAUGUUAUGAGCGGCAACUCCGAGAGCAGGAGGGGAGGCAGUCACUGAGCUUGGACCAAGUUCGCGAAGAAGAGGGAAAGAAAUUCAGGGAGAAUUAUCAACGAGAGAUGCGUAGAUUGUGCAUCAUGAUGUAGUCAGCCUACAGUGAAUGAAGGAUAUACUGAGCGCUGAGUUGUCAAACAUCAGAAGGAAAUAAUUGAACCGCAUCAAUUGCAACUAGAACUCUGCGAAUCAUGCUGGAGCUAAUAGUAUUCCUAAUAAGUUCCGAGGCUGAAGCACCUUUGCAUUAGUAGUAAG